AUGUCUACAGCAGGUAUAAAUGGCAUCAAUAUACUCGAUUUGUCCGAUGAAAUAUUACUUGCUGUCAUCAACAGAUUGAAUAUGAUCGAUGUACUUUAUUCAUUGGUGGGUGUAAAUCAACGAUUUGAUCGACUAGUACUUGAUCCUCUUUAUAUUCAACAUCUGGAUUUAAUGGUUGAAUCAUUGCUUAAGAAUAGCUUUUCAGUGAGCAAACAAGUUCUUGAUAGAAUUUGUGAAGAAAUUUUGCCUCGAAUUAAUAAUAAAAUAAACAAACUCAUUGUUGAUCGAUAUUCUAUGGAAUGUGUGCUUCGUGAUGUUGUCUAUCCUCAACUUUAUUCAUUAACACUUGCCAAUUUUCAACGAGUUACACUUUUACCAUAUUUAACAGGUGAUACAAAACUUCGUUAUCUUCUCACUGAUCAAAUCACACAUCUUAAUGUUCAUAUCAUUGAUGAAAUAAUAACAGAAUUAGAUGAUGAAAAUGAAUCAAAUUUAUUUGCAUUAAUAUUAUCGAUGGGUAAACAUCUAACUGAUUUGACUUUUAAUCAAUGGUUGUGUUAUAAAAAGUCACCAAUUUCAAUAUUUCAUAUGCCAUUGACAAGUUGUAUUUCUUCAACGCUCAUUAAAUUGAAUAUUGAUGUCAACACUUUUGAUGAUUGUCUUUAUCUUCUUGAUGGACGUCUUCAUUCUUUAUCUACAUUAAUCAUUAAUAUUCUUAAAAUUUCCGCUCCAUUAUCAAAUAUUGAUAACACAAAACAACUUCCCAAACUCAAAUGUUUCUCAUUAAUUACAUAUCUUCGGACAUAUUUUUAUGAUAGUCUAGUUGUACCAUUACUAUGUCGAAUGCCAAAUAUUGAAGAAUUAACAUUAUGUCUAUCGAUAAUAAGAACUGAAUCGACUUAUAUUGAUGGUACUCAUUUAUAUGAUGAAAUUCUUAUUCAUAUGCCACAAUUAAACAAAUUUAUUUUCAGUAUAAAUACUCUUGUUUUCAACAAGAAUGUUAGAAUUAAUCUUCCAUCAAACAAUGAUAUUCAACAUAGUUUUAGCAGAAGAGGAUAUCAACAAAUUGGUUCAUAUACUCAUGACAAAUCAACAGAAACAGGAAACAUAUGUCAUGUCUAUUCAUUUCCAUAUGAAUUUCAUAAUUUUUUCUAUAUGACCUCUCAUUUUCAAGGUGGUAUGUUUGAUAAAGUUCGAUGUUUGAUAAUGACUGAUCUAGAAAAUCCUUUUGAAUAUGAACUUUUUCAAAUCAUCUCGCAUUCUUUUCCUUUUCUUCAAAAACUAGCUAUAUGUAAUUAUCAACCACAAAGAAAGCAAUAUUCAUUUCCAAUCAUCACCUUUCCUUAUCUUCUCAUUCUCAAUCUUCAAAGGGCAAAUAUUGAUUAUGUUGUUCAAUUUCUCUGUGACACAAAAAUUCGUCUGCCUUGUUUGUUGGAACUUACAAUUACAUAUGAAUCACUGGCAAUGGCAACAAACAGUUUUACGAAUAAUGAAACACGUCUCACUUGUGCUUGUUUGCAAUCUAUUGUUAUAUAUGGUUCAUAUGUUCGUCCAGAAAAUUUUCGUACAUAUUUUUCUUCAUGGAAAAUAUGA